UGUACAUGGAUGCAGAUAAUGGGUUACAAGUCUUAUGCUGAAUUUUCAGCACGCCCAAACAUGGCAUCAUCAGUAAAUGUCGUAAUGUCCAUUCUUCUUGAAUUGAGUAGUAUGGUCAAGCCCAAAGCUGAUGAGGAUGACGAGUUUUUUAGGCCAAAAGAUUCUUCUAGUGAAGAAGAAGAAGAAGAAGGUCAGGAAGAAGUAAUACAGAAUAUGAUGAUGGAGGACAAUAAAGGGCACCAUUGGAAGAAAGUUCCUGUUUAUAACAGGUCAAUUUCAGGGGAUUUUUUGAUGGCUAUGGUCUCAUCAUUGUAUGAGGCUAUGGGGUAUUUCACCUUCUCCCGGGAGGUGAGAAGUGAAUACCCCAUGCUUGAGGAGGUAGAAAAUACAGAGAGCUUAUGUCAUGUCUGCUGUCCGUGGCAGCCUAUGUUUCCCAGUGCUCAAUAUUUCUCACUGAGAAGCUCAAUAGAGAUUGUUUUAGAUCCAUUGAGCUUGGAUUGGGAUGUUUUUGUCCCUCAGCUUGAUAGGAUAGUAGUGAAAUCUGAUAGUGGGCCUAUGGUAGACAUACAAAUCUGCAGAGGAGAAAACCUAGAACAUCGUGUAAAGCUUCAGAAGACCCAAUUAACUUCUGAGAGAAAAUUUUACAGGGCAAUCAAUUACUUGUUUGCUGCGUACAGGAAGCAAGAUCCAAUGGCUGGGGAAGUUUUCUUUCCCUGGCCAGGUGCUCUAAUGGACUGUUAUGAUGCAACAGGAUUACCUCUCCAGAUUCCUGAAGGAGAAGAACCUGAAUCUCCUUCAGAAGAACCAAGUGAAAAUGAAAUUGUGAGUGAACCUGAAGAUGCUGGAGAAGUACAUGAUGGUUCCAACACUGAGGAUGAUGGUUCCAAGACUGAGGAGGAAGGAACUGAAACUGAGCAAGGAACUGAAACUGAGGAAGCACCUGAGGAUCGUUGGGAAGGGUUUAUGAAAGACCUUUUUACGGUUUUCAUAAGAAUGUAAUUUCAAAAGGAGUGCUAGGUUGCAUACUUGCAUAGUGUACUAAAACACAUGCUAGUAUUAGUUGGUUUUUUGUACAGAGGAAACUGUAAUAAGGUAGCACAUGAAUAUUAGCCCAUUGUUUAGCAUGGUCUAUAGGUAGAAGAGUCUGGUUGAGAUCAGUCCCAGACGAGAUUGCUGUUUGCUUAGCUGCUGAUACUAAUGAGAAUUAAUGCCCCUUGGGCUUCCUUACAAA